AUGGAGGGCGAUUCUAUGCCUGAUGCUCGAACAUCCCCGACACUGCGAUUGCAGACCACCGUCGCCGACUUCCCUGCGCCGUCUCUGUCACCCACUUUUAAGCUGGACGAAGGAUACUCCGAUGAGACCCGAAGCCAGGCAGAGAAGGACCCGGGUUCGGACAAUGUGAUGAUGCUUCCGAACUGGGUGCUCGCUCAGAGCGAGGCCGGCAGAGCUGAGCUGGCGUACAGUCUCCUACGGUCUCUACGUACCUCAAGCAUCGCCGCAGUGGUUGAACGACUCAAUCCAAUUCUCCACAUGGAUCCGGUUGUCAAGCUUCCCCCCGAACUCACAUGGGAGAUCUUUUCCUACCUCGACCCCAAAACGCUCCUGAACUGCUCGCUUUCGUCCCGCGCGUGGCGUGAACGGAUUCUGGAUUCGGGUCUAUGGCGGUUUCUCUACAUCAAUGAAGGCUGGCGCAUGGAUGUGCGUGCGAUUCGUGCCUUCGAACAGGAACAUUCCGAACCCAUCUCGCCCCAGUCCCGAAAGUCUCGCCUGCGACACAACGAACCAGACAUCGGGGAGCCUAAGCACAAAAAGCGCGUGCCGCCAACGUGGCUCUCUUCGCGAAGCACUGAAGAACAAAGAGUCGCUGGGCUCAACUUUGCACCCGCAGUGGCCGAUAAUGAGGGUGAUCACCACAUGACAGAUGACGACCAAAGUGAUCCUUCGCUGGCCAGCUCGAACCACACUCCGCCAACCCCUUCUUUCCGAAUUCCCUCAUCGCUAUACCCACCUUUACAAUCGUCCCUCCUCACGCGUGCUCCUGACGGAAGUGUCAAAGUCAACUGGUCUCAUCUCUAUAAGCAGCGUAGGCGACUCGAAAAGAAUUGGCACCAAGGCCGAUACACCAAUUUCCAGCUUCCCGACCCAUCUCACCCGGAGGAAGCACACCGAGAAUGCGUCUAUGCGAUCCAGUUCGAAGGAAGAUGGCUGGUCAGUGGGAGCCGAGACAAGACAGUCCGUGUCUGGAAUCUGGAUACAAAGCGCUUAUGGCACACCCCGCUAAUAGGCCACGCAAAGUCCGUUCUCUGCCUUCAAUUUGAUCCUAGCCCCGAGGAGGAUGUCAUCAUUUCUGGCAGCAGCGACAAGACCGUCAUUGUAUGGAAAUUCUCGACUGGAGAAAAAAUCCACCAGAUCACCAAGGCACACGCAGAUUCGGUCUUGAAUCUGAAGUUCGAUCGUCGGUUCCUGGUCACCUGCUCCAAGGACCGAACCGUUAAAGUAUGGAACCGCAGGGAGCUUCUGCCGAAUGACAAGGAUUACCCACGUAUCUGCCGAGGCGGAGGUGCAACUUACCCUUCGCACAUUAUUGAUCUCACCGACAUUGCACCAAACAUGCUCGAGGCUGGCAUUGCCAAUGGACAAAUCAAAGCUUUGCAGCCUUACUCACUGCUUAUGACCGUGGAAGGGCACGGAGCUGCGGUCAAUGCGAUGCAAAUCCACGGCGAUGAGAUUGUGACCGCGUCUGGUGAUCGCAUGAUCAAGGUCUGGAGCAUUCGCAAUGGUGCCUGUUUGAAGACUUUGAUGGGCCACGAGAAAGGUAUCGCGUGUGUUGAAUUUGACAGCCGAAGGAUCAUCAGUGGCAGCAAUGAUAACACAGUUCGCAUCUAUGAUCAUGUUUCCGGGGCCGAGGUGGCGUGUCUGCGCGGUCACAGCAAUCUUGUUCGUACCCUUCAAGCAGGCUUUGGUGAUCGUCCCGGAGCCGACGAAACCCUGCGACAAGAAGCGCAAGCAGUGGAAAAUGAGUUCUUCGCCGCCCAAGAGGCCGGGGAGUCUGUUGACCUGGGCGCUCGGGAACAACGGCGCAGCGGUCAUCGAGUCAACACUGCAGGAUCCCGAGACCCUCGCGAUAUCACCGCUCUGGGGGCAAAGAUCCCCCCUGGUGGUGGAGGUAGCAGCUGGGCCCGCAUCGUAUCAGGGUCCUAUGACGAGACAAUCUUGAUCUGGCACAAGGAUCGUGAUGGCAGGUGGACAAUGGCUCACCAGCUGCGACAAGCGGAUGCCGUUACCAACGCCGCUCGUGGGAACCUCAGCCAAGUAGCACGGACUACUGUCGCGGCUCAGGCUCAACAGCUGCAAGCAGCACAGGUUCUGAUGACACUUCCCACGUCCCAGGCGGGACAAAAUGGUACCGGGAAUAAUAUAGCUCAAGCUGGACCUGCCAACCAGAACAACCCGGUUGCCCAUGCCAAUGCAGCUCCUCCGGCUGGUACACUGGGGCAGGCACCCAACCCACCUCUCGCUCACCACCAUCAUCACCACGUUCACCCACGGAGACAAGCUAUCAUUCCAACCCCCACUGCGAGAGUAUUCAAACUCCAGUUCGAUGCACGAAAGAUCAUUUGCGCCAGUGUCGACCCACGUAUUGUGGGAUGGGAUUUCGCCUGCGAUGACGAAGAACUCAUUGAGGCAUGCCAGUUUUUCCAGGGACUAUAA